GUUCAACAUAAAAACCAAAAAAGUCUCUUCAAUUCAACCAAAAUUAAUCUUUCAUCCAUGGAACAAGGAAACAAAAGACUAGCCACAUUAGUAGGGUGCAACUACUUCAACACUCGCAACGAGCUCCACGGCUGCAUCAACGACGUUCAGUCCAUGCACAAGGUCCUUAUCGAGCGGUUCGGUUUCAAACCAGAUAACAUUGAGAUCCUAACGGAUGCGCCUGAUUCGCCUGUUAUGCCCACCGGAGCCAACAUUCGGCAGGCUCUCCGGCAGAUGGUCGACCGGGCUGAGCCCGGGGAUGUUCUCUUCUUUCAUUAUAGUGGUCAUGGGACGCUGAUUCCGGCGGUGAAGCCUCAUCAUGGGAGUAAAGCUAAGAGAGAUGAGGCCAUUGUUCCUUGUGAUUUCAAUCUUGUUACAGAUGUAGACUUCAGACAGCUUGUCGAUCGCCUACCACCCGGUGUGAGCUUCACCAUAAUAUCCGACUCAUGCCACAGCGGCGGACUCAUCGACAAAGAAAAGGAGCAAAUCGGUCCUUCAACCGUAAAUGACCAGAAUACCCCUCUCCAUCGCGCAAAAACCAUCCCCUACGAACACAUCCUACAACACGUCUCGUCCCUCUCCAGCAUAGACUCCCAACACAUUGGUGACCAUCUAUUAAACAUUUUCGGACCAGACGCGAGCGCAAAAUUCUCAGACAAAGAUGCAGUGCUUGUCCAUCCUGAUAACGGGAUACUGCUGAGCGGGUGCCAGACGAACGAGACAUCGGCGGACAUGAGCCCCAACGAGGAGGGCGGGAAGGCGUACGGCGCGUUUAGUAAUUCGAUACAGCUGGUGCUCCAAGAGGAGGAGAAUGUAAUGAGUAACAAGGAGAUAGUGGUAAAAGCAAGGAAGUUGUUGAGGAAACAAGGAUUUGGGCAACAUCCUUGCUUGUAUUGUAGUGAUGUGAAUGCGGAUGCGCCCUUCUUGUGGCAAUUGGAGUGAGUAAGUCGGAUGCAAUUUGGGUGUGUGAAAAAUAAGUGUUUGUUGUUUGUUGUUCUGUUGGAAGUGUUUGUUGUUUGUUGGGUGUAAUUGUAAUAUCAUCAAUUGUUUGAAUAAAAUAAAACCUGUUAUGAAACAAUUAAAUGA